CAGUUACUGGAAAACAUGAAGAGGCGUUCCGCGGCUUCUAGGAGGAAGACGGCCUUGAAAAAGUCCCUUCGCCUCCCAGGACGGGACUUCGAGGACAGUUCAGGUCAGGCAACUGGAAAGAGACGCGCUCAGACCCGCCGCGGGUGGCCCACCGGCGCCACGACGCCCAGAAAGCCCUGCUGGCGGCGCGCGCGGACCGGGGCUCCACGUGCCCCGUGGGGGUUUCCGCGGCCUCCGGGCGGGGCCGGAAGAGGAAGUCGGCGCGGCAGUGGCGGCUUCAGCAGCCGCGGCGGCCCCCAGCCAAGCCCCGCCGCUGGCUUCUGUCCGGCUCGGCCACUGAGGCAGCGCCGCGACGGGACCCGGAGCCUCCCCCGCCGAGCCGAGCCGCGCCGCCGGACGCCCACCAGACAGAUGGGGCCGCAGCGGCCGCUGCCCAUCGCCGCGGCCGCCCUGCUCUGGAGCUUCCUGCUCCCUCUGACAGCUGCUCAGGAAGCAAUCCUGCAUGCAUCCAGAAACGGCCUGCCUUCACCAUCAAAGGACUACUGCAUGCUGUAUAACCCUCAUUGGACAGCUCUUCCAAGUACCCUAGAAAAUGCAACUUCCAUUAGUUUGAUGAAUUUGACUACCACACCACUGUGCAGCCUUUCUGAUAUUCCUCCUGAAGGAAUAAAGAACAAAGCAGUUGUGGUACAGUGGGGAACCUGCCAAUUUCUUGAAAAAGCCAGAAUUGCACAAACAGGAGGUGCUGAAGCAUUGUUGGUUGCCAAUAACAGUGUCCUAUUUCCUCCCUCAGGGAACAAAUCUGAAUUUCAUGAUGUGAAAAUAUUGGUUGCAUUUAUAAACCACAAAGACUUUAAAGAUAUGAAGCAGACUCUCGGAGAUAACAUUACUGUGAAAAUGUAUUCUCCAUCGUGGCCUAACUUUGACUAUACUAUGGUGGUUAUUUUUGUAAUUGCUGUGUUCACUGUGGCAUUAGGUGGAUACUGGAGCGGGCUAAUUGAAUUGGAAAACAUGAAGGCAGUGACAAACUCUGAAGAUAGAGAAAUGAGGAAAAAGAAGGAAGAAUAUUUUACUUUUAGUCCUUUAACAGUUGUAAUAUUUGUUGUCAUCUGCUGCGUUAUGAUGGUCUUACUUUAUUUCUUCUACAAAUGGUUGGUUUAUGUUAUGAUAGCAAUUUUCUGCAUAGCAUCAGCGAUGAGUCUGUACAACUGUCUUGCUGCACUAAUUCGUAAGAUAGCAUGUGGACAAUGCACGAUUGUGUGUCGUGGCAAAAGCAUUGAAGUGAGACUUAUUUUUCUCUCUGGACUGUGCAUAGCAAUAGCUGUUGUUUGGGCCGUAUUUCGAAAUGAAGAUAGGUGGGCUUGGAUUUUACAGGAUAUCUUGGGGAUUGCUUUCUGUCUGAAUUUAAUUAAAACAUUGAAGUUACCCAAUUUCAAGUCAUGUGUGAUACUUCUAGGUCUUCUUCUCCUCUAUGAUGUAUUUUUCGUUUUCAUAACACCAUUCAUCACAAAGAAUGGCGAGAGUAUCAUGGUUGAACUUGCAGCUGGACCUUUUGGAAAUAAUGAAAAGAAUGAUGGAAACUUGGUGGAAGCCACUGCUCAACCCUCAGCUCCCCAUGAGAAAUUACCAGUAGUCAUCAGAGUACCAAAGCUAGCCUAUUUCUCAGUAAUGAGCGUGUGCCUUAUGCCAGUUUCAAUAUUGGGUUUUGGAGACAUUAUUGUACCAGGCCUAUUGAUUGCAUACUGUAGAAGAUUUGAUGUUCAGACUGGUUCUUCUAUAUACUAUGUUUCCUCCACAAUUGCCUAUGCUGUUGGCAUGAUACUUACAUUUGUUGUUCUGGUGCUGAUGAAAAAGGGGCAACCUGCUCUCCUCUAUUUAGUACCCUGCACACUAAUUACUGCCUCAGUUGUUGCUUGGAGACGUAAGGAAAUGAAAAAGUUCUGGAAAGGUAGCGGCUAUGAGAUGAUGGACCAUCUGGACUAUGCAACAAAUGAAGAAAACCCUGUGACUGCUGGUGAACAGAUUGUCCAACAAUAGUAUUAUGUAGACCUGCAAUAAUAUGUUAACUGACAAUUUCUACAAAUAGAGUUUGACUUUUUAAAUUGACUUUUGAUUUGACAAUCUGAAAAAAAUUUCAAUGAUAUGCUUGCAAAUAUGUAUUUUUAAGAACUGGUACUGACAAUUAUGUGUUAAAUAAUUGAAAUAUGUUUGCUUUUAGCUAUGUUAAAGUUGUGCCUUCACAUUAAAUAAAAGCUUAUGGUCUGUGUAAUUUUCUAGAGGUAUUAUAUACAGUAUAUUUUUCUAAAAAAAAAAGUUUUGAACCAAUCCUGUACUUUUCUUACUGAAAACUGUUUCAUUCAACUCUAAUGGUAGUUAACAAGUAUUUAGAGUUUCUGAGCAGAUUUUAUUGUAAAGAAUUAUGCAUAUUUUAUGCUCUAUAAAAAUAACUGUUUAAGACCAUGCAAGAAAGCAGUUCAGCAACAGAAUUUUGGAACUUUUAUCACUGUAGAGGUUAAAAAUAUAUAAUUGGGGAAUAUAUAAAUGUGUAUUUUUGUAGCAUAGGUUAAAAAAAAAAAUCCCAAACCUUUUUUUAACUUGAGAACCUAAAUUCCUUCAGACUGAUAUGUAUUAUAUUAGAAUAUUUCUCCAGAUAAAGAGAAACAUAACAUAUAGAACUAGUCAUUAAAAGGACACAAAAAUUGAAAUCCAGUUUUCAGUGGUCUGCCGUUUUCUUGAAGAUGGUAGCUUAAAUUUCUAAAUUAACAUUCAAUUCCACAAUGAUAUUUUUGAUCUCUGAAGUUUGUUUCUGCUAAUGUUAAGACUUAAUAUUUUGUAAAAAUUAUUUUUCUUAUCAAAUUGUAUAUUAAUACAUAUGGCUCAUUGUUUGAGCAUUAACAUCUCUAAUAAUUCCCUCCCUUAUCUUUUUUCCAGAUUCCCACUCUUCCCACUGUUAACUUGUAAAAAUUUGGGAGGAAGAUGGUACUAAUAUACAAAGUAUGCUUCAGAGGAAAGAAAUGGAAACAAAAGGCAGAAAAUGGGGUGUUAGUCUCAUUUUAAUUGCAAGAGUUUGAGUAAAUUGUAUUAGCUCAAGACACUUGUAUUUAUCUUUUCUUCUCUGCCAAAUGAGUAUGUUAGACCAGUUAAUCACUCUGGUACCUUCCAACUUGAAAAUUUUCUUUCUCUUUCUUUCCUAAAUCUCAGAUUUAAGACAUUAUUCUGGAAGUCAUAGGCCAAAUUACUUUCAUUUUCUUUUAUUUUCCCUAAGAAAUUCCCAAAUGAAAGGUGAUUGCAAAGGUAGCAGGAUUAUAUAUUUCUCUGUAAAUAAUGUGUAUGUGAACAAAUCUAUGAUUUUUCAUUCUUAGGCCAGUUUAAGUGAUUAAAUAUAGAGCUAAUGCCUUUAAAAAUUGAUCAGACCUUUAUUGUUUGAACUGAAUUUGGCAUUUGAGGGAAUUAGAUGUUUUUGAUUAAUUGCUAACUUGCUGAGUAAUUUACAGAUAGAGAAGCUCCCUUGACCGUCAGCCCUUCUUUCUCGUUAAUACACUUAUGGCUUGUUUGGUUUAUGGCAAAUGACAAAUAAGUAUCUGACAAGUAGGAGUUCAUGUUAAUUUUGCCUCCAUAAUAUCCAGUUUGAAUUUUUUCCAAAGACUCUAAUUUAUUUGGCAGCCUGUAAUAGAGGGAACAGACUAAGUGCCAUAUUAAAGCUCCAACUUUAUUUUCAUUUAUAAUAUCAAUAAAAUGUUUGCCAAAUACAGCUUUUUAAAGUAAAAUUAUCUUCACUCUCAUCCCAGCUUCAUGAUAUUCAAAAGCCUUAACCACAUUUUAUGAAAAAUGUAAAAGAAAAUUUUACAUCUAGAGAUCUGGAACCUUAGUUCUUUGAUACAAAUUCCAUUUUAUCCAACCAUUUGUUAUCAAAAAGAUAAAACCUUAUUUUACCUUGCUAUUUCAAUCUUACUGAUUUAAUAAAAAUAACAAAUAAAAAGUGAAAUUCAUUAAGUUUCUCCAUCUUCAGUGUCAACUUUAUAUUGUACUUGAGCAAUCCUUCUAGCAGCCAAGCUGAAAAUAUUUAUAGAAAUUACAAUAAAGUGCAGAAAUAUUUUAUUUGGGGAAUCAAAAUAUGAACAAAGGAUAGGGGAGGUGAAAAUUUGGUUUUAGAAGACUGUAUCUUUUCUUCUUUUGCCUUCUCACCACCAAUAACUUUAAGGGGAAGAGAAGUUUGGUUUUUUUCCCUAAAUAUGUCUUGAAACCCCUAAGAUGUAUUGUAUCAGAUCACUUACUGCAAAAAAAAAAAAUACUUCUUAGAUAUUUUCUAUGAACAUUUUUGUAGCUUAUCAAACAGAAAUUAUUAAGUAUCUCAAAUUGUAGAUGGUUUUUACUUGAGUUUAUUGCAGCAAAAAUAAAUAUGAGGUUUGUGGGGAAAGACUUUGAUAUUCUAAUAUGUUUCCUUAUAGUUUGUAGUUUUUUUUAGAUGAGCAAUACCUUAUUAGUAGACUCAGUAAUUUAUUUGUCUUUUGAAGGAAGAAAAUUUUAACCCAUCUGCUAUUGGCAUUCAUUGAUUUUAGUCACAUGUUCAUAGAGAUUUUGGCAAAAUUGUACAUUUAUAGUAAAUACAAAUGAGCUUCCAGUUUUCCUCUGCUCUUUUAAUGUCUGCCUUGUGUAUAAGCAAAAAUUAUUUUUGUAUUUGACUAAAAAAUAUUUGAACAAAUGUAUUUAAGCUUGGUCUCUAAAACUGCAAUCUGUUCUUAGCCAAUGAGAUUUUAAAAACUGGCAUUUUCAGACUAGUGGAUUGUACCACUUUGAAAGGCUUUUUAUUUCCCCAUUAACAAGGAAAAAAGUUGAAUUUAUUCAGGAUGAUGCAGAGUAAGUAAUUUUACAGUUUAAAAAAAAUCUGGGAGUUCCCGUCGUGGCGCAGUGGUUAACGAAUCCGACUAACAACCAUGAGGUUGCGGGUUCGGUCCCUGCCCUUGCUCAGUGGGUUAACGAUCCGGCGUUGCCGUGAGCUGUGGUGUAGGUUGCAGACGCGGCUCGGAUCCCGCGUUGCUGUGGCUCUGGCGUAGGCCGGUGGCUACAGCUCCGAUUCAACCCCCAGCCUGGGAACCUCCAUAUGCCGCGGGAGCGGCCCAAGAAAUAGCAACAACAACAACAACAACAAAAGACAAAAGACAAAAAAAAAAAAAUCUGUUUACCUCAGAGGUUAUUCUAAAGGGUAGGGGAGGAUAAUGAAAUUAAAAUCAAAAUCCUGAACAACAAAAAAAAAUCACUUUAUGCUUCCUGAAAGAUAGAUACUCUGUAAAUUCAAGAGAGCUGAAUCAAAUUACUUAACCUUUUAGAAUUUGCUUUUUUGUUUGGGUUUUUGUUGUUGUUGUUUUGCUUUUUUAGGGCUGCACUCACACUGGCGGCUCGAGGCAUAGAGCAGUUCCUCUGCUAGGGGUCAAAUCAGAGCUGUAGCUGCCAGCCUAUGCCACAGCCUCAGCAAUGCAGGAUCAGAGAGGUAUCUGCAACCUGCACCACAGCUCAUGGCAACGCUGAAUCCUUAACCCACUGAGCAAGGGCAGGGAUCGAACCCUCAACCUCAUGGUUCCUAGUCGGAUUCGUUAACCACUGCGCCACGACGGGAACUCCGAGGAACUCCACCCUUUUGAAAUUUGGAAGAAAUUGUGUAGUGUCCAUGAUUUGGAUUACUGAAUUUUCAGAAUAAAUGAAAUGAUUGACAAGAGUAAUAUAUAGGCCAUAUUACAGUGAAGAUUAUAUAUGUAAAUUUCCUUGUAUAAUGUUUCCAUACUUGAGGAUAGCUUUUGUAUCUGAGAAAAUGAUCACUGGGGGGAAAAAUUUUUAAAGUUUUAGAAUUGUCUCACAUUAUUGGCAGUUAAAUAGCAACUAGAGGAAAAAAUGUAGAAUAUUUAACAUCAUCAUGUGUUUCUUUGAUUAGUCAUAAAAAGUAUUGUAAAGAACUUAUUUUCCUUUGGAAUGUGUUUUUUCUUUUUAUUUCUUUUUUUUUUUUGUGUGUGUGUGUGUCCAAAGUUUAUAUGGAUAAUGUGCAGGAUUUUCUCCAAUUAGACAAGUCAAUGUAAAUUAGGUGGUUUUUGCCUGUUUUAUACCUUCUGUGGUAUCUUGAUCAAAUGAGAACCUUUUAAAAAGACAUGAUUGCAUUUUUACUUUUUGAUAAAACUCUGAGUGUGGAAUUCUUCUAACACUUCCGUAUAUUAGUGUAAAUUAGUACUUUUAUAACACUACUAAGCUUUAUUUUUUUAAUGGGACAUGAUUUAAAGUUUUUAAUUUUUUUGAAGUGUUAAUCUGGCAGUGCUUUAAAAUUCUUUCAUUAUGUGCUGAUACUGACAAGAAAAACAGGGUUUUUUUAAUGUAUUGAAUUCACUAUAGUAUUCAAUAAAUUAUAUUUUGAAAUAAAA